GGUGGCAGCCACUGGGCGUGCUUUAGUUUAUGUAGUGCAGAGCUGCCUGACGUCUGGGAACCUCUGACACUUUUUGGAUUUCCCAGACACAGACUAAAUACACGGUCACCUGAUCUAGAUGUCUGAAUCUGAGCCCCAGUGCACAAUGACCGAGGUGUGUGACCCCCAGCAUGCGGCUAAGCUGCUCCGGGCUCUUGGUUCAUUCAGAGGGGAGUCCGGCUUCUGCGACGCACUACUGGUUCUAGAGGGGCAGGAGAUCCCUGUACAGAGAAACAUACUGGCAGCAGCCAGUCCGUACAUAAGAGCAAAGCUCAACUACAACCCCCCAAAAAAUGAUGGGUCCAUUUAUCGGAUUGAAUUGGAAGGCAUAUCUGUGGACGUUAUGAAAGAAAUCCUGGACUAUAUCUUCAGUGGGCAGAUCAGGCUAAGCGAAGAGACCAUCCAGGAUGUGGUGCAAGCAGCAGAUCUCUUACUUCUUACUGACCUCAAAACUUUGUGCUGUGAGUUUCUCGAGGGCUGCAUCACUGCUGAGAACUGCAUCGGCAUCCGUGACUUUGCACUGCAUUACUGCCUCAACCAUGUGCAUUAUGUGGCUACGGAAUUUCUGGAGACACACUUCAGAGAUGUCAGCAGCACAGAGGAGUUUUUGGAGCUCAGUCCAACAAAAGCAAAGGAAGUUCUGUCCUUGGAAAAACUCAAUGUAGGAAAUGAAAAAUAUGUCUUUGAAGCUGUACUUCGAUGGCUGUCCCAUGAUUUGGAAGCAAGAAAAGUUCACAUGAAAGAUGUAAGCUCUGCUUUAUGGGUCUCUGGCCUGGACUCCAGCUAUCUGCGAGAGAAAAUGCUUAUUGAGCCCUUGGUCCGAGAGAUGGUCAGAGAGUGCAGCAACAUCCCGCUUAGCCAGCCUCAGCAUGGAGAGGCAGUGUUGGCUUCCUUUAAACCGAGGGGCUACUCAGAGUGCAUAGUUACAGUUGGUGGUGAAGAGCGAACAUCCCGUAAACCACUGGCUUCAGUGCGCUGUAUGUGCCCUCUUUAUGAUCCAAAUCGGCAGCUAUGGAUUGAACUAGCACCACUAAGCACACCAAGGAUAAACCAUGGGGUUCUUUCUGCAGAGGGAUUUUUGUUUGUACUUGGAGGUCAAAAUGAAGACAACGAAACCCUGGACACUGGAGAACAGUAUGAUCCUGAUGACAAUGCUUGGAGUCCACUACCUCCAAUGCUUGAGGCUAGGCAUAGUUUCGGCAUGGUGGAGAUAGAUGGAGUGAUCUACGUACUUGGAGGAGAAAAUGGGGACUCCGAACUACUCUCUAUGGAAUCAUAUGACACAUGCACAAAAACAUGGAGCAAACAGCAAAACAUGACUAUGGUUAGGAAGAUCGGCUGCUAUGCAGCAAUGAAAAAGAAAAUCUAUGCAAUGGGAGGUGGCUCCUAUGGAAAACUGUUUGAAUCUGUUGAAUGCUAUGACCCCAAAACUCAGCAGUGGACUGCAAUAUGCCCCUUGAAAGAAAGGAGGUUUGGAGCUGUUGCGUGUGGUGUUGGCAUGGAGCUGUACGUCUUUGGUGGGGUUAGGAGUCGGGACAAUGAUAAUCAGAACAGUGACAUGGUGGCUUGCAAAUCUGAAUUCUAUCAUGAUGACUUUAAACGGUGGAUAUACUUGAAUGAUCAGAAUUUAUGCAUCCCAACUAGUUCAUCAUUCGUGUAUGGGGCAGUACCAAUCGGAGCCAGUAUUUAUGUAAUAGGCGAUCUUGAUACAGGUACAAGUUAUGACUAUGUGAGAGAAUUUAAGAGGAGUACUGGCACCUGGAACCACGUGAAGGCACUAUUUCCUUCAGAUCUCCGUCGCACAGGCUGCGCAGCACUGCGUAUAGCAAACUGCCGUCUCUUCCGACUGCAACUACAGCAAGGACUUUUCCGCAUCCGCAUCCCUACUUCCUGAGACACUGAUAUGGCUGAAGGCUUCAAGUAACAUGUGACAAGCAAAUACCCCACUUUGUACAAUAGAACUAAGGCAUCUGUCCCAUUGUAGCCACUCUGCAGCUGGUACACAGAGCUUGGGUAGAAAACUCUAUUUACAUUAAAAUGUUGCAAAUUUAACAAAGGGGAAAAUUAUAUAGUACUGAAAUACACAUGCAAAGAUGGAUUAAGCGGCAGUGGGUGGAGAAACAAAAAAAUUCUACAUUAAAUUGCUUUGUGCUUAAUGGGACCUGGUUUUUAGUACUUAAGCAUGAUGCAAUGUACUUAACUGGCUAGCUUUAAUAUGCAAAAUACAUGAACAAAAUGUUCUUUAACAUAAGUGACAAUCUAAUCAUGUUGCAUAAUGAAAAUGUAGCUAAAGAUUACCUCAUUGCUAAGAGUAGCAUCUUCAUCUUCCUUAUACACAAAUUUGUCCAUUCCUUAAAGAACGUUCUGUUCAGAUUAUACGAUAUAUUUAUUUUGUGCCUUUAAACCUUGCACAGGAUAGUUUACAAUUUUUUCUGUUGGUAUGGUUAUUUUAAAUAGUUACAAGGUUCUUCUGUUGUUACGGUUAUUUUUAAUAGUAACUAACAUUUUGCGGGGAUUAAAGUGCCAAGAUACUGGGAUGGCAUAGAAAAUAUAUACUGUUACCAUUAACUAUAUAGGUAUCAAGAGCUUUCAUACACAUCACUUAUAGCUGUGGUAAUUGUAAUGCAGUCUGAUGAAAAGGGAGCAAUUUAGACACACACCAGAAAUAUACAGAUUUUAUCUGUGCCACAUCAAACCAGAUAAAUGGUUAUUGCCAACUUCUAAUGAGUGUUGCACUAGGCCUCCUAGGGCCCAACAGCAAUUAGAUGGAGACAGUGCAAGAUGGUAUAGAUGUUAUAUAGACCUAAAGUGAGUUUUCCCUGGGUUUGGGGCCCACUACGCGAUCCUCUAGUACUCUGGUAGACCAAUGUGACCCUGCUUUUUUUUACUUCUUGUACAUUCCACUGUGAUGUGAAAAAAAAUUAAACACCAUGAAGUUAUUAAUCUGAGCAAUUAGGGUAAACAAAAUUAUCCAAGAUCAUAUUUUUUUCAAAACUACACAGAAUUGGUCACAGAGCCAAUUUAUUAUCAUUACCUUGUCAGACAUUUAAUUUGUACUGUUACUAGAGGACCUGGCAUAUGAAAAUAUUGUCUAGGAAAAAAAAGCAAAGAUUUAAAAAAAAUGCACCUUAUAAACUACAAUUCUGACCAUUUCUUGGUUACUAUGCACAGACAAGGCAAGAAUGCCACCCAGUGGACCAGAAGCUGCAAAUAAAAUGUAUAACCUUUUUUUCAGGGGACCCAGAUUAAUUUUAGGAGUAAGCUUUAUUAACCAGAAAUUGGUUUACAGGUAGUUCUGUAUCUAUCAUUAAUUGUCAUUGUCUGUUGUAGGAAGACAUAUUACUUUAUUUUAGGACAGUAAAAGUAAAAAAAAAAAAAUUAA